AUGGCUAUUCAAGGGUCCGCCGUCUGCCAGUCCAGCCUGGAUGCUGCGUCUGAACCGGCUGGAUCGGUUUCGCAGGGGAUCUCUGAAGAGGAAGAUGUCUAUCUUUUGCAUGAUUAUGAUCCGGAGGGUCAAGGGCAGGGUCGGGAGUGUGGACAGAGUAUCUUGGAUACGAACACUCGUGAGAAACCCAGCGCCGGAUCUAGGAGGAAGAGGUCAUUGGGAUCGCGACUGUUCCCGUGGAGAUGUGCGCAUAUGCAAAGCGAGUCGAAGCCCUGGCCGAAGAGAGCGCUCUUUUGUCGGGUUGUGAAACGGCCGUUUUGGAUUCUGGUUGCUAUUUUCGGCCUCGUGAGCAUCAUCUCCUUUGCAUGGGACAGUAUUCUCUCCGUCCUCGCCGACAGCCGCGACGCAGGCAUCUUCCCCGGCCAACGGCCCUCGCUCUUCUCAGACUGGCUCACGCACGGUGUAGUCCCUAUCGCCUGUCACUCACACAACGACUAUUGGCGGCGGGUUCCGCUAUUCUCUGCUCUAGCAGUAGGCUGCACCAGCGUGGAAGCCGAUAUCUGGCUAGACGGUGACGAGUUACGAGUCGGACACACGAUGCGCACUGUACUCCCGAAUCAGUCACUGCGCAGUCUAUACAUCGACCCGCUCCUCGAUAUUCUGGAGCAGCAUAAUCCUGCCAGCAAUAUCUCAAUAUCAGAGACAGAAUCAUCAAUUGAAAUAAAAGAUAUCGCUCCGGUCGGCAUCUUCGUCACAGAACCCAAUCAAACCCUGGUCCUACUCAUCGACUUUAAAUCAUCCCCCGAACUCCUCUGGCCCAUCCUCAUGAACCACCUCGAACCUCUCCGCCGAAAGGGCUAUCUCACACACUUCGACGGGUCAACCCUCAUCCAACGCCCAAUCACGGUCGUAGCAACAGGCAGUGCACCCUUCCACCUUAUCCAAGCGAGCACCACAUACCGUGACAUCUUCUACGAUGCACCCCUCGACAAACUCGCCCCAAGCCCUUCAGAAGUCGAAUUCCAAUCAAACACAGAUUCCGACUCUACCUCUGAAUUCGACUCGCCAUACACAAAAUACAACAGCUACUACGCCUCCGUCGAUUUCCACGCCAGCAUCGGCUCCCUCCCGCUAGGUCGCCUAUCACAGGACCAAAUAGCUAAAGUGCGGGCUCAGAUUGCGGCUGCGCAUGACCGGGGUCUCAAAGUGAGGUAUUGGGGGACACCUGGGUGGCCGGUCGGAUUAAGGAAUUCUGUGUGGAAGGUGUUAGUAAGAGAGGGUGUUGAUAUGUUGAAUGUGGAUAAUUUGAGGGCGGCGAGUAGAGUGGAUUGGAGCGUGAAGGGGUGGUGGGGGUGA